AUGUCUGAAAACAACGCAGUUAUAGGCCUUUCAUGGGAACGUAGACUACCUGGUUUUUCAUCUACAUCCGCCAAAACCGAGAAUUCCUCCUCCCAUAAUGCUGAAACCAGUGCGAUCUACAAGCUCAGUUCGGAGCUCAUUGACGGUCUCUUUGUUCCUCCUGACGACCCCAAAAAGCUUAAAAAAUUGUCAAAGAAACAAAUUAAAGACACUGCUGGAGAAAACUGGUUUGAUAUGCCCGCCCCAGUUCUAACUCCGGAGCUCAAGAAAGAUCUUCAGCCAUUGAAGUUGAGGAAUGCCAUAGAUCCAACGAGGCAUUAUAAGAAGGGUGACUCAAAAUCAAAAACACUUCCCAAGUAUUUCCAGGUGGGCACUGUGAUAGAAUCGGCGGAAGAGUUCUACUCUGGUAGACUCACUAAGAAGGAGAGAAAAGCAACCCUCGCUGAUGAACUGCUUUCUGAUCGUAACCUUGGCGCAUAUAGGAAACGCAAGGUCCGACAGAUCGAAGAAGUGACCGACCAGGCAGGGUGGCCAAGCGGAAGAGAAGUGGCUGUACGCUAUACAAGCAUGCAAUGGCUGGAAAGAAAAAGGCACACUUAUGGCUUAGUUAAUGCACGUCAUCUCACAUAACUCCAGAAGAUCAUAAUGGCUGCCACCACUUGCACGAGCAACAUUGGAGUAAAUCGCUUCAACAUUAAGCCCGUAUUUGACAGAUUUUGUUGGGAAGAAUGAAUUUUUAAAUAGUAAAUUUUUGAAUAAUGUAUAAUUAAAAAGUCAAAAAAAUAUUUUGAAUUUCGAUAAAGAACAUUUUAUUGUGAGAAUGUAUAGUUCAAAAUGAGUAUAUAACAAAAAAUGGAGUUCAAAGAAUGGUUACCAAAUGAGGGCGAAGACAGAAAUUUCUCACAUUUUUUAGAUCGAUUCAGUGUACCUUAGCCGGUUAACAUGAGACUUCUAUUCGAACAAAAGACAGGCAAAUGAAGAGGACAAAAUUGAAAUUUCUUUUCUUGUCUGUCAUUACUUUAGUUCAACACUAUGUUGCACGUCAAAUUGUUGGCUGGAAACAGAGAGGUUAGGUUACGCAUUCCCACGUAUGAUGAACUUGCCAUUUAAAUGCAAAUAUUCACCUUCCACAUUUGGAAAAUAUUGCCCUGCCCCAGAAAUUGUAUAGUAUGGCAUGAGCAAUUUUAUACAAACAAUUAGACAACGAUGAGCUCCAAUAUGUUACACUACAAUCAGUAUCCAAGUUCUUCACAUUGAAGUAUUUGCAACACGAAUGAUCAGGGCAGAGGUUCUUGAGAAUCUCCCAAUCGAGACAAAU